CUGCUAUCAAAAGAAACAAAUUAUUACCGAAAAAUGGACUGUUCGCAAGUUGAAAGCUGAUGUGUUUUAAUUUAUUCAAUAUUCGAAUGAUCAUUGAAUCAUCGUUAUUCGUAAAGGCAUAAAAAACAGUAACAACUGCAUAUUAUACAGUCUACCUGUACAUCUCAUCCGGCUUUCUAUUGCGAUUCGAAAUGGCGUUACAAAUGUAGACAAGUAAUCUGUCUGUACAAAUAUCCGCUAAAGUUGAUCAAGGUUUCAAAAUGGAUCGUUCCAAAUUAAUUCAAGAAUUCGAUGAACAUGUGAAUAAUAAAAAUAUAGGUUCUCUGAAUGGCUCUUUGUACGAAAGUUUGUGCAAAGAGAUUGCCCUGGCUUGUUUCCAAUCCAGUCUGAAUGAAGAAGGUGUAUUCUUUUUGAGCGAAUCUCAUGCUGCUUCUUUGAGACUAGAAUGCGUGUACCAAGAGAAUUUUCAAUCUCUGCUGAAUUCGGCGAAAAAUCCCUCUUCAAAAAUAGGAUUGGACAUGGAAUACGUAUCUUUUCACAGUUCUUUCAUGGGAGAAAAAUAUCAAGGGUUGAUGGCUAGAUUGAAAGAAAUGCCAAAAGAAUGGACAGUGGUUCAAAUGACACGGUCCUUUAAUGAGCGUUCUCGUUGGAUUAAAAGGAAACCGAACAGCGAACCCACCAGUGCGGAAUUUCAUAUUGUCAAUUACAGUUGUGGUGAUUCUAGGGUGCCUUGUCAUGUCAUGUUACCUAAACCUGAUAAAACAUUGUGUGGUAGCGAUAUUAUCGAAGACAUUUAUAAUAUUUCUGUGAAAAAUUGGGUUUCUAUUGGUAAGCUUUCGGCUACCAAUAACAAAAUAAAACGAAUGGAAAACUGCGCUAAAUUGAAAUUACUGGUCAACUUAAUCACUCAACGUUGGCUAAAAGAAUGGAGUUGUUUAUUAUUAGGUAAAUUCUUAGAUACACAAGUGGAAAAUUUCAUCAGGUGCGCGAUCGAUGAUGUUUUAUCAGAAAGUUCUACACAACUUAAUUCCUGUAAUAAGGUAUUGCUAUAUCAAAUCGCUUCUGGCUGUGCUCAUCUAGACCAAAGUGAAAUCAAGUCCGCUGUAUCAUACGUUAUUGAAGAUGGUACACUGCAGGAAAAUUUAUGCGAGAGAAUAAAGUCUAUUAAAGAUAAAUACACAGAUUUGAUAAGAUUGAAACGUCAUCCUGUUAUUCUGAUUCUCGAUGAGGAUAUCGAAGGAAUACCUUGGGAAAUGACCACAGUUCUUAGAAUACAUCCAGUCUGUAGAAUACCGUCCAUACAUUUUUUGCACGCGUUGUACAAAAAACAUGAAAAAAACAUUCUCAAUGGAAAUGUAAUUAUUUCUGAUCCUAACAACGCUUAUUUCAUCAUUAAUCCGGAGCAGAAUUUAACCUCGACAGAAAAGCGCAUUACUACAUUCAUCAAAAAAAGAUCACCGAAAUGGCGAGGCUUAACGGGUACCAAACCUGAGAAAAAUGAAUUCGCCGACGCACUUACCAAAUAUGAUUUAUUUUUAUAUUGCGGCCAUGGAAAUGGUAGUCAGUUUUUCAAAAGUUCAGAUAUUGUGGGAUUAAACGUUAAAGCGAUUCCAUUUCUGAUGGGCUGUUCUUCUUUCCAGUAUAAGAAUUUAGGUGGCCGAGUUGGUUCUUACUGUUUAUGUCUUAAAUAUAUCAUUGCCGGAAGCCCUUGUAUGCUGGGAACGUUAUGGCCAAUCACUUCCACCGAUACAGAUAACAUCACGAUUACGCUUCUGAAUCACUGGUUACCCGGCAAACCCGCAGAUUUAAAAACAAUCGAAGGAUUUUCUGAAGAAUUUGUUUUACCAGAUCAAUCAUUUUAUGAACCUGAAUUAUUAAGAAUUUUGAAAACGUCACGAGAUGUCAGUCUGUUGUAUUCUAAUAAAGCUUCCUUGGUUGUAUAUGGGUUGCCCGUAAAAAUUUAAAAUAAUAUUUUGUAAAUUUUAAUCAAUUUUUCAAGGCUGGUAUUCAUUUUAUAUUUCGUGUUUUUAUUUUGUUAUUUAUUUUUUCGAAUCUAACGAUUUGCAAUGUGAA